GGGGGACCCGCUGGCGCUGGCUGGCAAGAAGAUUGGCGGUACAGGUACCGCCGACCUGUACGAGCUGAUCAAGGCGGAGGUACGGCGGGAUACCUCGGCCAUAAAGGGCCCACGGGGCCUGGGGGACCUCUUCUCGGACGCCGCAGCGGCGGCGAAGACAGCGGCGACUGCAGCGGCCACCGCCAGGGCCGCCAAGCGGCAGCGCGUGGAUGCCUCGGUGUCCCCUGACGGCACCGCGGCCACGGCCUCCGCCGCAGAGGGUACGACAGCCGCCACGGCAGCGGCGAUGGAUGGCGGUGGGGGGGCUGUCGCCGACGCUGUUGAAGACGAUGAGGAUGAGGAGAUGGCGGAGGGUGACGGCGGCGGCGGUGCUGUAGGCGCAUCGGCAGCGGCGGCGACAUCCCCGGCCGGCAAGGCCGUCGGCAGCAAGAAAGGCGAGCUGCGCCCCUACACCUCCGACCUGGACUACCUGGAGAGCUGCUUCAAGCUGCUCAUGACGGAGCUGCUGGCGGGCAAACACAGGAGGGUGCUUGCCUGCAGCGAGGAGGGCAGCGAGGGCGCGGGUCUGCACCCCUCCCUGGAGGACUACGACGACUUCUACGCACCCCACCGGGGCACCACACGGGCUCGGGCUAGCCAGCAGGUGCGGGAGCUGGAGGGGCGCGAGCGGCUGGAGCGCAGUCGCAUCGAGGCGCGGCUGCGGCUGACGGCGGCGCAGCGCCAGGCGGACGGACAGCAGCCCUGGAAGCCCAGGCUGGAGCGGCUGGCCGAGGCCCGCUCGCUGGCUCCCUUCGAGAAGAAGGUGCUGCUGCUGCUGGUGGGCUGCCGGGUCAGCCCCUCCGUGUCCAGGACGCUGCAGGCUUGUGUCUCCAACGGCUGCUUCAGCGGUGGCCUGCUGACGGUUGGCAACCUGCUGCUGGCCUUCUACCCGGACGACCUGGGCGAGCAGAUCAACGCGCGGCGCUACUUCUACAAGAGCGGCAGGCUCAUACAGGACGGCAUCCUGACCCUCUCCGGUACCGACUUCUCCAAGGACAUCAUGGAGCAGGGUGUUGACCUGGACCGGCGCAUGCUUGACUUCCUGGUGGGGCUGGACACGGAGUUCAGUGACAUGGUGGACGGCAGCCACCUCUACUUCCCCGCAUACGCGAGGCUGGAGGACGUGGUGCUGCCGGCGGAGCAGAAACAGCUGAUCGUGGAGACGGUGGAGAACUUCUCACGCUACAAGAAGGCUCGUACGGCACUGGGCAUGGAUGCGGGUCCCGGCUGCGGUCUGGUGCUGCUGUUCCACGGCGCCUCGGGGGUGGGCAAGACCAUGAUGGCGAAUGCGGUGGCGAAGCAUGUGGGGAAGAAGGUGCUCCUCAUCAACUUCCCCUCCCUGGGCGGCAACCAGUCGGGCGAGAUUGUGCGGUUCAUAUUCAGGGAGGCCAAGAUCCACGAUGCGCUGCUGUUCUUCGAUGAGUGUGAGUCCAUCUUCGAGGACCGCGAGCGCGGCUCCCACGCGGUCAACAUGCUGCUCACGGAGGUGGAGCGGUACGACGGAAUCAGCAUCAUGGCAACAAACAGGCCGCACGACAUCGACGAGGCCAUGCACCGGCGCAUCACCAUGGCCUUCGAGUUCCGCCGCCCCGACCACCUGCAGCGGCUGGAGAUCUGGAGGAAGCAGCUGCCGCCCGCUUGCAGGCUGGAGCCCGACGUGAACCUGCCCGCUCUGGCGCUCAAGUACGAACUGUCGGGCGGAUACAUCAAGAACGCCGUACAGGCAGCGCUGUCCAAGGCCACCUCGCGCACCACCGAGGGGCAGCCCAUCUCUCUGAGCCAGUCCGACCUGCUGGCAGGAGCGGCGCUGCAGCUGCGGGGCGCACUGCGGCUCAAGGACCAGGACCGGCAGCGGGUACCCCGGCGGGGUCUGGAGGAGGUGCUGCUGCCCGCCCCGCUCAAGGAGCAGCUGGAGAAGAUCGUGCAGCACGAGAAGGCCCGCGCGGUGCUGGUGGGGCAGUGGGGCUUCGGGGCGGGUGGGGAGCUGUCCGGCACCACCUGCCUCUUCCACGGGCCGCCGGGCACCGGCAAGACGCUGGCGGCGGAGGCGGUGGGGUACGAGACAGGCAGGCCGCUCAAGGUGGUCAACUGCGCGGGUCUGGUGUCCAAGUGGGUGGGCGACACGCCCAAGAACAUCGACGCGCUGUUCGCGGAGGCUCGCGCGCUGGACGCGGUGCUUGUGUUCGACGAGGCGGAGGGGCUGUUCGGCAGCAGGCCCUCCGACGUGAGCUCGGCGACCGACCGCUACGCCGCCAUGGACGUGGGUGUGCUGCUGUACCACCUGGAGGUGCACCCGGGCAUCGUGGUGCUCAUCACCAACCAGCCGGCCGCGCUGGACAGGGCCUUCUCGCGCCGCAUCCGCUUCAUGCUGGCCUUCCAGAUGCCGGACGCGGCGCUGAGGGCGCGGCUGUGGAGGGCGGCGGUGCCGGCGCAGACACCGCUGGCGGCCGACGUGGACUGGACGGUCCUGGGAGAGCGUUACGAGCUGUCCGGCGGCGCCAUCCGCAACGCCGUCAUCCGGGCUGCCACGCGGGCCGCACUGCGCAUGACGGAUGCGGGGAAAGAGGGCACCGCCGCCGCAGCUGCCGCACCAGCCUCUGAAGCAGCCGGUGGCGGUGCUGCUGCUGCUGCUGCCGCUGGGUCAGCUAAAGCGGCAGGCAGCGGUGCAAGCCCCGCUGUUAAAGCAAGUGCCGGUGGUGGUGGUGGUGGUGGUGGUGCUGGUAAAGGUGCGGCGGUGGGUGGGGUGGUGUGCAUGGCGGAUCUGACUGCGGAGGCGGCGGAGGAGGUGAGCCGGGGGGACGGAGCCGUCGCGCAGCAGGUGCGGGCCAUGUACAUGUGAAGGCAGGCCAGGGCGGAAGGCAGGGGCGUGUGGGUGUGGGUGUUGGAGCAACGGAGCAGCGGAAGUGUACUGAUGACCCUAGCUGUCGACUGGGUGGGUGCUUCAUGGACGGAUACGGGACCGUGGCUGUGCUGGGGGGCUGGGGGGCAGGUGGGGCAGCUGGGUGGUGGGGCUAGGAAGGACGGUGUGGGCCCGCGAUCUACUGCUUACCUGGCUACAACUACCGGACGACCCGCAGAGAUAUGAGGAGUGAGCGAGUGACCGAUGCCGUUGAGGUUUGUUGGCUGUUUGGUUGGUUGGUUGCUCUGGGAGUUGCGGCGUUAGUGGGCGCAGUUGGCAUCGCUCUCAGCCGGUAGCAACGGUGUGGGAGGUAGUGAGAUACAGCUGUGCGGGGGGAACCGCUGGGCGGAUGUGGGCGCAUGCAGCUGGAAUAAGCGAGUGCGGGUUGGGCCUGAGUUGGCUGGGAGGCGAAUACUGUGUUGGCAGGGCACCGAGCAGGGUUUGAAACCUGGUAUCCUUUAGCCUUUGUCGUGCCUCAUGUUACAGGGACACGCACG